ACUCGAGAGAGCUCCAUAUCUUUCUAACCAAUUUCUUACGCACAUCCUAUAAAUUCCUGUUCGAUCGGCGCCCACGGAAGACGCCUUGUCACGAUCCGUCACUGUAAACCAGCCACGCUGGUCUCUUAUAAAGGGAACCCACGCGAAAGCAAGCUGCAUACCACGGCGGCGCGUCGCGCGCAAACGGAGCCGACGACUGUCCACAACUACAAUAACGAUCGCACGCGCGCAAUAGCCUACGAAGCAGCCAUUCAUAUGGGGUCCCACACAUCUCGGUUGACGGUUGUCGAUGCGACCGCCUGAAUAAGUUCUCUCACUUCGCGAUGCGCGGUGGAUCGCGCUGCGAACGCGAUUGCGGACGACGAGGACGAGAACGACGGCGUGUGCGGUGAAAGCCCUCUCCGGUGAAUUCCUCCUCGAGCGAUCGGCAGAGGUGGUGGUGCGCGUACGCGUUCGAUCGCUUUCGGUGUGACCAUGGUGUCGCGCGUCUGACACCGUUGACCAACGACGGGAAGAUCCGCGCCGGAGGAUCCCUCCUCACCAGUCGCAGCCCCGCCGACCGCCACCAGACGUGGACCCGCCACGCAGACCCGUUGCUGCUCCACGCCGGUUCCAACAACGAUCCUCUUCCUGCUCGCUCGAGAUCUCGGUCGUUGCCGAGAGAGCGGCCGCCGCCGCCGCCGCCGCAACAGCAGCAGCAGCAGCAGCAGUAAUUUGCGCCGAAUCACCGUGAUCGCGAUUAUGAAUUUUGCAGCGUUCGUGGAUGACGUUACCGAGCCUGUGGUAAUCGACCGUUAUCUAAACCGAUCGCUCGUUCGCCAGUAAGCCGUAAUUGGAAUUUCAAGAGAACAGUCACGCGAGGACAUGGCGCUGGCCAAGAUUAGGAAUUUCAUUGACAACAGCCUGAAGACGGUGUCCACGCCGUUGGAUCGUACGGUGAAUCUGGAGCCGGAAAUCGGCAUCAAGAUCGUGCACUCGCCGAACGAGAAGACACUGAACGUCACAGUUCUCGGCGCCAGACACUUGCCACAGAACUUCGGCUUCACCAGAGUCAAUAGCUAUGUUGUAAAGGUGAAGAUGAUUCCUGGAAAGGAUAAGUUCGAAACCACUUCGAGGAAUGAAUCCUGGCCCCAAUGGAACGAGGAAUUUGUUUUUCCCUUGCGCAAAGAAAUCAAGCAAAAGUUCGGCAAAUCGAAAGUCGUGGAGGAAGAAAUUAACGGAUCUAGAUUCGUCGUCGCAACUCUCUACGCCGUUCUCGAGGACAAACCUCUGAUAGCGACUGAAAAGAAGGAGGCGGAUAAAGAGAAAACGUCACCUACUAAAGAGUCAGCGAAGAAAGGUGGAAAAAAAAAGGAAGGUCAAAGCAGCUCUGCCGAUCAAGAAACCUCAAAGAACAAACUUCUCAGCCAAUUCUUUGGCAAGAAUUCCGACAAACUCGCGGAAUCUACAGCCGUGGAGAGAAGAGCCUAUGACAAGAGGCGAACUGUUGGUGCGACGACGAUUCCACUUGAUCCGAAAAAUUUCGUCUGCAAACCGCCAAAAUCGAAACAUACCAGCGACGUGUCUACAGGAGAGCUGUGGAAACCACUACGACCGAUCGCCAGUGGUAUCUCAGGUGCUGAGGAUAGAAAAGAGAACAAAAAGGGGCAAGUCGAAUUGUCAUUGUGUCUCUCGAAGGGUGAAAAGGAUGAGGACAGUGACGGACAACUAGUAUUGUCUCUAAAUCGUCUGAGAUGUUCGCUUCAGACGAUGCACGAGCACGAGAAUCUAAAAGGACAAAUGUAUCUGAAGAUGUCGGUGGUCGACAGUGGUCGAGUAACACAUUUCUGGAAGAGCGAUCGAUUUGCACCGACGGUGUCCAUGAAAUUCUCACCGGAUACGGCGAGAGUCGCCGCUGACAAUCCAUACAAAGGAGCGCUCAACGACGUGAGCUUCGUUGUAAAAUUCGUCUCAAAAAAUAAAAUGGGUAAGAAGAGUCCCGUGGGCCAUUUUGUGAUCGGACCUGACGUUGGUGGAACCUACGGUGAGCAAUGGAAACAAGCUUUAGCGAAACCGGGACAGCAAAUAACAAAGUGGCAGGCGUUUGAAUAAAAAUAAGGCGCGCGAGGAGUCGGUAACUUAUUCAACAUUACGAAAACUGCAGCUGUUGUACGACGUACUUUUCCUCUUUAGAUAUCUAGAGGCACCGCGGCACAAAUGAGAUUGCGCUAUACGCGCGCGUACGCCAUAAAUAUUUAAGACACCGAUCGAUACUGCUAUUCCAAAGAAUACCAUAGAAACGUAUGCGAAUGAAAACGUUUUACGUGAAUCUUUCUUGCUGCACACGCCGGCGUUUACGAUCUGUUGUUAUUUUUACAUGAUAAAAUUAUUACGUGACUAUGCAAGAGGAAAUUGUUUUUCAAUGCAUGAAUCUAGUUGGAAUUUUCAAUCGCACGUAUUCUGUAUAUACAAAAUCUUUGCCAAUUUUAACCGUCCUUGAUUCCGCAAAAGAGAAAACUUGAUGUUUCUAUCCCGAAUCCGAUCAAUGUAACCGUCCGUAAAAUAAGAACUAUUGCCUAAGUAUAUAUGUAUAGUUAAUGAAUAAUUGUAACAAAUACUACAUAUCAUAUUUCGUAAGAUCGCGAGAAUAAGCUCGCCACGUUACUUUAGUAUUAAUUGAUAUUUUGUUUCGAUACAGAUAACGUAACUAUAAUUUUAUAUGAAUUAAAACGCUCAUAUAUAUAAUUGUUUACAAAAGCAUGCCGUUAAAGUCGAUAUAUCUUUUAAUAAUGAUAAAUUCGACUUGUUUUUUACGUACGUUAAAUGCUCAUUUUUAUUAUCACGUUAGCUAGAAACGGAGCGAGGGGCGAUAUUUAUCCAAUAUACGGAGUUGAUAUUAACACACAGCUAUUUCCAUUUGUGAUACAUCGAAAUGUUUUUUUUUCUAUCGAUUAUUAUUCAUACAUUUAUUAAUAUAAAAUAUUAAUAUAGAAUAAAAAUCAAUAUAAAAUUUUAUAUCAAUGUUAAGAUGCCACAAAAAUCACAAAACAUAAUUAUAUAAUUGCACUAUAUACCUUUAAAGGCAUUGAUUAUUAAUUAAUUAGUAUUAAUAUUUUCCAUGUUUUUACAGCUCAAAUAAAAAUGCCACGAAAAGAGUUAAGAAAAUUUCAAAAUAUUAAAAAAUGAUGUAAUAUCAAUUAACAUAUUUGCUAUGACUUUCUAGAAUUGUUUUAGUAAUGCAUACUCUAUUGCUAUUUUAAGGAAUAUUUGUAUGUUUGUAACUGCUGACACACCAAAAAGUACACAUACAUUUUGUUUAAAAUAAUAUUUUUAUUUACUUCUGUAUUGUAUGUAAAAGAGAAAAAAAGCUUUAUUUAUAAAUAUAUCUCAUAUAGUGAACAA